UCGGCAGAGGAGUGGCACUCCGCCUCUCUCACUGUUAGUGCCUCGUUUGGCUUCAAGGAACACGGAUUAUUAAUUCUUCAACAACAACAAUGCGAAACACCUGCAGGAAGUUUCUUGGACUGAUUUUCAUUGUCGGUGGGCUGAUAGCCUUGUUUCGUACUUUGAGCCAUGAAACCAGUUCAGGAGUUGACUUACGACAGAGACACGGAAGUUCAGUUAAGAAACUCCUUGCGGAACAAAUUGAAGACAUCACCAGUGGCUAUGACGACAUUUCCUUCCUUAUAAAAGACCAAGUGGCACGACAACUGACUCAAAACACAUGUGUAUGUCUGGCUGAAAAGGAGAUGUUUCAACUGCCGUUCUCCAAUCUGCUUUUCCCGCGCGUGUGGGCCCACAAACUCGAUAUUGCGUUUUUAGAGUCCCAUCCUGACCCUGAGGGUGUAAAGCUUCACAGAGCUCAGGAGUACAGCAAAUUGCAGAUCAGGUCCUACAGUCCUGCAGAUGUACCUAUUGUAGCCCAGGCCAACAAUCCUCUUCAGUAUCCUACCCAGGGUGUGGAGGUGCGACCCCUCAAAACAAUAAUCAUUCCUGGGUUGGGCCUUAAAGAAGGAAAGAAAUCAAAGCAUACGGUGUCUUUAACUGCAACUCUUGGGACUUUUGAUGUUGCUGCUACAGUGGACAGUGUCUCUGUCAAAGGAGAAGGAGAGAAGCACAUGAUAUUGUCUAGUCCUGUUCUCUCCGCUCUGAACAGGCAGCUACAGUUUGUCACCUACAGAAACACUGUUUUCCAUCCAAAGACAGCAGAUACAGUUGAAUUUGCGACUGAGGGUCACCGCUCAUUCUUCACCAUUAAAGUUGGACAUGGCUCCAUCCCUAGACUUUACAACACCGGACACCAAAAAGAGUACAAUAUUAGUGCACUUGUCACCAUCGCCACCAAGACCUUUCUACGUUAUGACAAACUCAAAGAUCUCAUCAACAGCAUACGUCAGUAUUAUCCCAACAUCACCAUAGUGAUAGCAGAUGAUUCUGAACACCCUGAGCCAGUGAAGGGGCCUCACAUUGAACAUUACAUCAUGCCAUUUGGAAAGGGUUGGUUUGCAGGAAGAAACCUAGCAGUGUCUCAAGUGAUCACCAAGUAUGUUCUGUGGGUGGAUGAUGACUUCAUCUUCAGUCCAAACACUAAGUUGGAGAAGCUGGUGGACAUCCUAGAGAAGACCUCUCUAGAUCUGGUUGGUGGUGCAGUGAGAGAGGUGACAGGUUACACUGCGACAUAUCGUCACACCAUCUCAGUGGAGGAAGGAGGAGAGGAGGGCGACUGUUUGCACAUCAGAAAAGGCUACCACCAUGAAAUCGAGGAAUUUCCCAACUGUGUGGUUGCUGAUGCUGUCAUCAACUUCUUCAUGGGCCGGACAUACAAGGUGCAGCAGGUCGGCUUCAACCCCCGCUUGGCACGGAAGGCUCAUCUGGAGUUCUUCAUUGAUGCUCUGGGCUCCCUCCACAUCGGCUCCUGCAGCGACGUCAUUGUAAACCACGCAUCAAAGAUCAAACUACCCUGGGGUGAAACAGACACACAAAAGGCCUACAAAAAGUUCCGUUACACCAACGUUGAAGACAGCCUUAAAAAUGAAGAUUUCUACUUCAAGAACAGGUUUCAGUGCAUGACUAGUAACUGAAACUCCCAUAGAGUCAAUGAUACAAACAACUGCAGCAACUAUAUCACACAAAUUCAGUGCCUCCAGCUGCCAGACUGCACAGAACAGAACUCAGUCUGUAUGUAAUGUAUUUUUCAAUGUGUAUAUAUGAGUAUGAGUGUGUGUGUGUGUGUGUGUGNUGUGUGUGUGUGUGUGUGUGUGUGUGUGUACAAAAUAAGUCAAUAUCGCAGUUUGGAUAUUCACCAAACUCGGUGAGAAUAUUACAUGGGAGCGUAUCUACGGAUGAUAAACGUACAGAGCUAACAGUCAAGGUGAACAGAGAUAUGUUGCAAAAAAAACACAAGCAAAUAAUAAGGCAACAGAGAAUAAAAGUAGAGGUGUCAUUGAAUAUAUAGAUACAACAUAAAACUAUAUGGUGAAUGCUCUGUAUUUAUGUCGUGGAUUUUCAAUGUAUUGUUAACUGUGAGCUUGUAUCCAUUCCUAGGUGUCUUGUUGCCUUCAUGAAUUCAUACGUACAUAUAUGUACGUAUGAAUUCUUACAAACAUAAGCACUGAUCCAGUAAUCAUUAUUUAGGCGUAUAAAUAAUGAUUUUGCAAACUUGGUGUCAAGAUGUCAUGAAUGGGGCAGGAGGGUUUUCUGUGCUGCUGCUCGCUGGAAUAUUUAUGAUUUAUUUACUUAAGAUCAUCUUGCUGCUUUGUAAAUGUAGUAGUGUGUUCAUUUUUCACCAGUCACAAAUGUAUGAGUUCAGUAAAUAUUUUCAUGCAUAUGAAAUAUAAAAUCAUUUUCUCCAUAUCCAGACACUGUACCUAUAAUAAUAAGGCUUCCUUUUUGCAGCUUUGAUUUAAAACGUGUUACACUUGAAUUUCCAACCAUCAGGUAUUCUUUCCGACCACUGUUUAAUACUUUUUUUGAGACUCAAAAAUAUUGAGUGUGCAUUUUCUUUGUUCUGAAGAAACAACUGCCCCCUGUAACCAAUUGUGUGAAAAGUUGUUCAAGUCAAGACAACAAUAGUAAAUGUUUGAUUGCACAUUGUUACAUUAAAUAUCUGACAAUGCA